UUUAUUCUUCCUCAAACCGUAACCCUAACCCUAAUCAUCCCCUUUUUGGUAAAGGUUGGCAAUGGGCGUGGGAUUAGGGUUUUGGAUUAGGGUUUGGUAUUGAUGAAUUGGGAUGGAUGAUGAAGGAGAUGAGAUCAGGAUCGGGAACAUGGAUUUGAAUCUCUAUCUGGGACUCCCUCGAUCACCUGGCCCUCGCGUCCUCGACCUCGGAUCCGAUCUCGCCCUAGGGUCGAUCCUCGUCCCUUCUUCGCCGUCCUCAGCGGACGCCGACGCCAACGCCGGAGAUAGCCACUCUGUGAUGGACAUCGGAGGUCCCGAGCCCUACUCCCCGUCGAACGCCUCCUACGACGCCGCACAACCAAGCUCCGAGCACGCCCCGUACACCCCUUCCUACGAGCCCAUUGGCCCUUCAUAUAUCCCCAUUCCACCCAUCGAUGAAGAAGAAGAGCCCGAUGAUCCGUAUUCCCCUUCCGACGUUCAGCCAUUGCAGUUCUCGCAAGAAGAAGCCAAUGAAUCAAUGACCCAAGAUGGUGUCUCCCAUUCACUCUAUGGUUCAGCUUCCCCGCCUGGUUUGGUCGAUGAACCCCAUGUUCCUUACUCACCACCCUAUGUCCCUCUCCUGGCAACCCCGCAGGGUCACAAUGUGCCUACUUCUUUGAAUGGGGAUGAGUCCUCGGGCCGAGCUGAUGGGUCGUCAUCCCAGAGAGACUCUAUUCAGUACCCUGUGCUUCGGUUCCGGAGAUUGAUUGAAUCACAGCACAGGUUGAGGCUUAGACGGCGAUUUAGGUCAUCUUUUGGCUUUGGCAGUGAAAGGCCUGAUCUUGGUUGGCACUACCCAUCAGCCAUUCCUGAACCUCCAGCGAUAGAAAGUCUGGGGAAGAACAAGGUGGCUGAGGAAGGGGUGGUGGCAGAGGGCUCCGAAGAGGAUUCAGAGGAUAAGAGCAAGGGUGCUGCUAAUUUUGAGUGCAAUAUAUGCUUGGAGUUGGCAAAGGAGCCGGUUGUUACUUCUUGUGGUCAUUUGUUCUGUUGGCCGUGUCUGUAUCAAUGGCUGCAUCUCCAUUCUGAGCAUAAGGAGUGUCCAGUAUGCAAAGGUGAAGUUACUGAAUCUAAUAUGACACCUAUAUAUGGGAGAGGGAGCUCGGAAGCAGGCCAGGAGAGUAAGCAUGGAGAAGAUGGGCAGCAUGGGUUGAAGAUACCACCAAGGCCGCGUGGGAAUAGGCUUGAGAGCUUCAGGCAGCACUUCCGACCUAUUUCUACAAGAAGAUUGGGAGAUGGGUCUUGGAGACGACUUUUUGAUGCGCGACUUCCUAACAGUGAUAGGUUUGAAGGUCAUCUGGAUCCGAGCAUGCAUGAUAUGUUUGAUAUGGGUCAGCGCAGGCUCCUGGCCAGACUAAGGUCAGAUAUGCAAAGACGGGAGAGGAAUCUUGAAAGAAGGCUAAACACAGGGGAUAGUUUGUUGCAUAGAAAUGUCACACCAGAACCUCAAAAUAAUAACUCGAGUUUACCGACCCAAGAUGGGGCAGCGGACUUCUGGCCAAGGUUCUCUCUUUAUGACCUUGGUAGGGUGGUUGAGAGGCUAGCAAGUAGUACUAACCGCUACGGAGCCUCUGGAUCCUCUGUGAGUCCUCCAAAUUUAGACCCACUGGGUGGUAGGCCAUCUGUUGCAGCUGCAAUUGCUGCUGAUCAGGCUUCUGCUUCAAGCACCAUGGCUGUGAUACAAGGAGAUGUAGCUGUUCCUGAUGGUGUAGUGGAACCAAACAGUGCAGGAUCAUCUAGGUCCCUUAGAAGAAGGGGAAGAAGUAGCACCUCUGGCUCGUUGGAUGUGGAUGGUGGAGCUCUUCAUGUAAGGAAGAGGAGAAGGCUGAACUGAGCCUUCCUUUAAAUUAUGGUACUUAGCGUAUGAAUAACUUGGUACCCUUUUGCAUGGUAUGCAUGUAUACUGCUUUCUGAGCAUAUCUCCUGUUGCUCAUAUAUAUAUAUAUAUAUGGUUAGUGUUUCAUGUUUGAGGUUUUUCUUUUAUUCUCUUUUUUUUUCUUUGAUUGUUGUUGCUAGUCUCAAUGUUAUUUCCAUUUUUAACUUUUUUUACAACUGGUGUAACACUGGAUCAUCUAAAAUAUUUCCAUCAUUAGGUUACACCUGAUGAUUAGUCUUGUAAUGAAUUGCUCAUUUAUUUGGGAGAAAAAUAAUCUUAUUGCUUUGGUUGCUGA